UUCACUUCGCACUUUUUAGGGGCCUACAAGAAACGAAAACAAGGUGCACGAAGCUAGGUUUUUUCUGUUUUAUCACUCUGGCUCAUGUGACGCCCGGAUCGUGUGCAGGUUACAGAGAGGCCCGUCGUGUUUAAUCGUGUUUUUAAUCGGAAAGUCAAACGCGAACUGAAGCUGUCUGUUGGACAGCGCGCUAAGGGAGCGUCUUUAAAGAGAUGUGCUAGGAACUAAACGUGGAAGUGCAAAGUGGCCAUCUACAGUGAAGCAGGAGGGAUGUCUGCAGCAGAGAGCAACCAUGCGCAACGUGUCCUGUCUGCCCUGAACCAGCAGAGGGCAGUGGGCAGGUUUUGUGAUGCAUCAUUGAAUGUGGGAGACGGGGUAGUGUUUCUUGCUCAUCGCAACAUCCUCGCCUGCUUCACUGAACUCCUCCAGCAGUCAAACAUGCCUUCUGCAACAGAGUUCUGCCUGCAGGGAUGCCCCAGUGAUGGCUUGGAGCUGCUCCUAAACUUUGUCUACACCGGAGAGCUGAAGUUGGAUCCUCACAACCUGGACAGAGUCCAGCAGGCAGCAGCCAGCCUGUGCGUACCAGAGGCACUCACACGCUGUCAGCAGUUCAAGGAGACCUCUAAGGAGCCUGUGCCUGUCAAGCGUAAAAGAGGUAGACCUAGAAAGUCUGCCUCAGACAUCACGAAAUACGAGCCCACCAUUGAUACUGCUGCAGCCAGUUUUACCACUGCUGCCACUACUACAGCAACCACCACACGCUCUGGCCGAGUAGUGAAGAGCUCCAGGCGACUUGUGACUAUCGAUGAGAGCCCUACAACGGAAAACGAGUUGGCCCCGCCUCUUCCUGUGGAGAAAGAAGUUGGUGAUGCAGUUGUUGAGGAAAAUCAAAACUCAGAUCAGCUAGCUGGUGAAACUGAGGUAACGGAGCUGCAGAUUAACGACAAUGUUAUUAGCCAGGUAAGUGGGGGAGUGGAAGCAGAAGACGAUAAUGAUGACGUGGGUAUUCCGGAGGAGAUUCCCGAAGACACAGAUGAGGAGUAUGUGCCUGCUACUAAGCCCGCUUCCUCAACCACAUCCCCGUCUAUGGCGACUGGACAGAAAUGCAAGGCCCAGAGUCAAAAAAACAAAAACAAGAAUGGUCAGACGAUGGAGGACGAUUCUAAGAAGGCCUCCGUGCAGUGUUCCAUCUGCUUCAAAGCCUUCAAGAGCAAAUACUACCUCAAGGUUCACAACAGGAGGCAUACAGGGGAGAAGCCCUUCGGUUGUCUUAAAUGUGGAAGACGGUACUACAGGAAGGAGAACCUUUUGAUACACGAGAUGAGAGACUGUUCUAGUGCGCUGACGUACACCUGCCUCAUUUGUUCUACUACAUUUAACACAAAAGAAGCGCUACGAUUGCAUACUGUCACCCACACAGGAGAAAUGCCCCACAAGUGUUCAACAUGUCCUGAACAAUUUAUGUACAAGAAAAACUUGACAGUUCAUAUGAUGAAGGUGCACGGUUACCCCAAACCACAUGCAUGUUCCCAGUGUCCCAAAACCUUCUUAACUCGUGCGGAGCUGCGUGUGCACGAAGCCGCCAAACACCGUGGAGAAAAGCCGUUUGUGUGCGAGGAGUGUGGCCAUCGGGCAUCUAGUAGAAACGGCCUGCAGAUGCAUAUAAAAGCUAUCCACAGAAAUGAGCGCCCUUUUGUCUGUAACUCGUGUGGCCACGCCUUCUCCCAAAAGAACAACCUCAACAUGCAUCUGCGUAUACACAGUGGCGAGAGGCCAUACCAGUGUCACCUCUGCGGGAAAACCUUUAGGACACAAGCCAGUCUGGAUAAACACCACCGGACUCACACCGGCGAGCGGCCCUUCGGCUGUGAUGUCUGUGAGCAGCGCUUCACAGAGAAAGGCGCUCUUCUCCGACACAAGGCCAGCAAGCACGAGGAAGGCCGCCCCCACUGCUGUCACAUCUGCGGUAAAACUUUCAAAGCGAGGGAGCAGCUCCGUGUCCACCUGCGUCGUCAUAAAGGCAUGAGGAAGUUUGAGUGUGUAGACUGCGGCUACAAGUUCACUCGACAGGCACAUCUGCGGCGUCACAUUCAAAUUCACAAGCGCACUGAGAACUACAACCCGCGGCAGAGGAAGCUGAGGAAUGUGAUUGUGCAAGAUGUGGAUGGAAGUCCGGUCGAGACCGAAGCUCCCAAAUCGGAGGAGGCCUCGCUGAUCUGUGAUGGGUCCACUCAGGAGUCCACAAACCGAGGAGCUGAAUCCUCAACAGGUCUCACCUCUGGCUGCAUCGUGAGGGUUGUGAUUGAGUCGAGUGAUGCGGUGAUGGAGGAGGUUAUUUCUAACCAGAACUUGGGAGAGGUCGAAUCCACGCAGACUUUUCCUGUGUUGCAGCAAACACAGUUGGUUACUGAGCCCUAUGAGUCCACGAUAGACAUGGAGGGAAUUGUUGAGAAUUUGUCAGAGAGCAAGACCUGAAGCGAGCAAAUGUGCAAAACAACAAGUCUGCUUCUGCUUCCACGCAUGCAAGAAAAGCAGAUUCAUGCACUCUGUAGUUUACACAGUAAUUCAAUUGCACGUUUUUAAAUGCUGUUUGAAUGUAAAAUGUUAUUUUCCACCUUGUUAAGACAGGUUUUGUCAGUGUGCUUACAGCAGCUGGAGCUCAGUGUCACCUUACAUUGCUGAUUAAAGGAGAACGUUUUCCGUGCA